CGUCCUUCGCUUCAUUUGGGACUUCCAUCUCAUCUCCGCUCGCUUAUCCUGCGCGCCACCUGCUAUCGUGCGCGCCGCCGCUGGAACCUCGUCUCUUUCUUUCAGAGUCUGAACUAAAAGCAAUUAUUUCAAGAUAAGUGCAGCUGCAUUUGAGUGAAACAAUCAUGUGCUUCAGUUGUUUUAGGAAGCCCGACGUCCUACCUUCUUAUCAUGAGGGACCAUCUGCUAAUGCAGUAGGACAGGGUCCUCAUCAUACUCCAAACUUUACUCCUAACAAUGCCCAACCUAUUAGAGUCCAGCGAAUUGAAGUUCCUUCCAUUCCUGUAGAUGAAAUAAGGGAAAUCACAAAGAAUUUCAGCAAUUCAGCUUUGAUCGGAGAGGGUUCGUAUGCUAGAGUUUUCUUUGGUACCUUGAAAGAUGGCAAACAAUCUAUCAUCAAAAAGUUGGAUGAUACUAAGCAGCCUAACCAAGAAUUUUUAGCCCAGGUAUCUAUGGUGUCCAGGUUGCAACAUGAGAAUGUGGUGGCGCUUCUGGGUUACUGCAUGGAUGAAGGAAGUUUACGUGUUCUUGCGUAUGAAUAUGCUUCCAUGGGAUCCCUUCAUGAUAUCCUACAUGGGCGAAAGGGUGUUGAAGGGGCAAAGCCAGACACAAUUUUGCCAUGGGCAGAGCGAGUUAAGAUUGCCGUGGGGGCUGCAAAAGGACUUGAAUACCUGCAUGAGAAAGCACAACCUCGAGUCAUUCAUCGUGAUAUCAAGUCCAGCAAUGUACUUCUGUUUGAGGAUUAUGUGGCAAAAAUAGGGGACUUUGAUAUAUCCAACCAGAGUCCUGAUAUGGCAGCACGCCUGCAGUCCACCAGAGUUCUUGGAACUUUUGGUUAUCAUGCUCCUGAGUUCGCCAUGACAGGACACCUUACAUCCAAGAGCGAUGUCUACAGCUUUGGUGUUGUUCUCUUAGAGCUUUUAACUGGACGAAAACCUGUGGAUCCGAGUUUGCCACGAGGACAGCAGAGUCUUGUGACAUGGGUAUCAACACUACCUGCUGGCUUCCCUCUCUUUUUUAAAAGGAAAAAUGGAAUUCUUGACUCCAAAUUUGAUCAUUUGCAGGCAACACAAAGGCUAACUGAAGAUAAAGUCCACCAAAUCGUAGAUCAAAAACUAGGAAGAGACUACCCUCAGAAAUCUAUUGCAAAGUAUGCUGCCGUAGCUGCUUUGUGCAUGCAGUAUGAAGCUGAACUCCGCCCAAACAUGAGCAUCGUUGUGAAAGCUCUCCAGCCUCUAUUGAAUUCUAAAAAUGGUUACCCUGGCGGUGCAUCGAGAUUCUAAAGCACUCUCUUUUCUUCUUGUUCCGGUUGCUGGUGACGAUACAAGUGUUUGAUGCUUGUUGCCCAAUGCCACCCUAAUUGUGAGAUUAUUGUUGCCUGCCAUGCUUGAUUUGUCUUCGCAAUGCAUUUGAUAACACUAUGAUUUAUGCAUGCGUGAUCUGUGUCUGGUUGUCCCUUUCUUAAUGGAUGAGAUGAGCUUUAUAA